AUUGCACCUUCCCCUCAUAUCAACCGUCACCAUGGCUCAGAGAGAUCCUCGCUUCAACCAGCAUGUCCUGGUGGACACCACACCCAUGCCCGACCACAUCCCCAAGGUGGAGGAGAUUGGUGCCACAUCUGCACCCCUCCACAGCGCAGCGUUCUACAUCGGUGACCGGUGCCGUGCCUUCAAUGACGAUUAUAUGAAGUGCAAGGACGAGGCAAACGGCCGCGGGGAGAUUGAUUGCUUGAAGGAGGGUCGCAAGGUUACGCGCUGUGCCGCUAGCGUUCUCAAGGAUAUCAACACCCACUGCCUGGAUCAGUUCAAGGCCCACUGGGAGUGCCUCGAGAACAACAACCACCACCUGUGGGAGUGCCGCAAGGCUGAGAUGAACCUCAGCAAGUGUGUUUUCGACAAAUUGGGCCUGAAGAAGACCCUCCCUGGUGCGCCCGAGGGCCAGGUCCCCGUUCAUCUGCGCCCCAAGCAGAAGUACGCUCAGUACACUGGACCGCAGUACUAAAGCAUUGCGAUUUAUUUUGUCCCAUUUAGACCCGCCCUGACUACUCUCGUGCCCUCUUCUUCCCCCGCUAUAUGGGCUCCGUCUUAUUUUUUUAUCCCUGUUUUAUUUGGAUGCUCGACUGUCAAUCCGGUGUAUGUUUGUGUAAAUAUCUAUUGGCAUCAGGAAUGGUUAAAUGAUUUUCUGCUCAAUAUUCUCCUAUGGGGUAUAUCUCUUCCUUG